CUGCAUCAAGCACCACUGCGAAUGCAUGUACCGCCCGUCCGUGCGGCACCUGCGUGGCCGGCAAAGGGAAAUCUCCGAGGGCUCGCCCUCAGCGCCCAAGAAGCCCAAAUCCAUGGCAUCGCCAUUAGCCAGCUCCGCGGCCCUGCCAAAGCUGCCCGGGUAUGUCCCUAGCAACGUCAUCAAGUCUGCACCGAUCGUCGACACAUUGUCCAGAUCGCAGCUGAUGCAGCCGCUGCUGUCAGAGCCUGCCCGGUCUGUUUCCGUGUUCGCCCAGCUGCCAGUCACCCAGACCAUGGACGCCAAGCGCUCCUUCGACACCAUGCUGGACCUCAACAGCUACGGCUCCAUUGCACGGACGAUCUCGCCGUUCUCGCUCAGCGACUCCAGCGACCCCCAGGCCGCGGGCAGCAAUAGAUGGCGGACAUUGCCGCCGCUAUCAGGAGCCAGCAUGCCGCCAGUCCCCUCGAAUGCAGAGAGUUCAAGCGAGAGUGCGCUGAGCAUCCACGACAUCUUGGACGCUGCCAAUGGGCUGGGUGAUCGCGCAACCGGACCGCAGCAGCUCAUUCGCCGGCACGGGAGUCCGUCAUUCCAAGGCGUCGACCCCAAACAGCUGGAAGCCGCCCUGCCCAUGCCCAUUCCCGACACCCUGGACAACAUCCUGAAGGCAUAUUUCAAGUACCAGUUUCCGAGCGCCGGCAUUGUCCUCGAGGAGUUUUUCUGGUACCGGUACCGCCGCAACAUGCUCACGCCGCUGAUUAUCUACGCCAUGCUGGCCAUUGCCGCCUGGAACUUGGCGUCGGAGGACAAAUGCGAAAAGUACGGCAACAUGCACGAGAUGUUUUACAGACAGGCGAAGCAGUUCGUAGAGGACGCCAUGGACGAAGCCCAUCUGCGCAGUGUCCAGGGGCUGCUUGUCUUGGCCAACUACGAGACAUUGGUUGGACGCUGGGGCAGCAUGUGGAACCACACGACCAUGGCGCGCAGGCUCGCAGAGGGCGACUUCCCUUGGCCAGGCGUGCAGCACAGCGAAUUCGACUUUGAGUUCCAGCGCGUGCAGCGCGCGUACUGGCACUCUCUCAUCAACGACAUCUGGUCAUCUGUCCUGAUGGACAAGCAAAUUGGCGGCAUCCUGAUUCGCCUGCCGGAGCCGCCCUCCUACGACUUCACGUACCGCAAUGUCAGGCUCCUGCACAGCGACGAGGCUCCAGGGUACCGCGUUGCAAUGGGUCCUGACGCGCUGACAGACCCGCGGUGGGGAAACACGGCAGCCCUUGGCGAGCUGUUUCUGCUGGUUGGCGAAGUGAACAACAAGGCGCCCUCGUUUAAAUCCUUCAUUGACUUUGAGAUGCGCUUGACGAGCUGGUAUUUGAAGCUGCCGCAGAACGUGCGGCUUGACGACUCGACGAUUGCCAGAUUCACAGCAACGGCACAGCGUGCAGAUCUCGGCGAGAUCAUCUCGACGCACAUGAUGUGGAACUUUGCGCGCCUAAUGCUGAUGAAAAUGGGGCUGGCGUUCUAUAAUACGGACUCGCGCGCGCUGCAGUUCUACCAGUCGUCGAUGCCCAUUUUGACGCCGGAUCGCGCCGCUUCAUACGACGAGUGGCUGUUCCAUUUUUGCCGCUGCAUGAGUCUGCAGUCGGUGCAGAAUAUCGUCAAUCUUUUGCGACUUGGCGAGACACACGGUGUGCACCCAGGCCACUUUGGCGCGAGUAUCAAUCUGCCCAUGGUCCAUGUUGUCUCUGUAAGCCUCGGACUAGUGCACUCGCCUGAUCCGCAGGUUGUACGCAUUGCUGUCGAGCACCUGACGACCGUCAUCCGCACCCUGCUUCGGCUUAAGCACUGGUUCAACACGGCACAUCUGCUGCUGCAUCUGUUCCUGGCGAUGCAGGACCCCCAGCUUGUUUUGCCCCGCUGCUCAUACACGUCUGCAGAAGACACCCAGAUUCGCGAUGCCACUGAUACAAUCCGUGUAUACAAGGCCAUCGAGGUUACUUGCCCGUUCCCGCCCUCGCACCUGAUAACUGAGCUCAUGCGCCGCCUCAACAUAACAUUCGAGGAAUUUGUCAAGGAAACCAUCCGCGCGGUCCGUGUGUCAUCGCCUACAAAGAGCCGCAUUGACCCGUGCAUCUCCCCACUGCUGCGGCAUCUUCCAGAAGCCUCGCACCUGGCCAUGAUCGGCCAGGACCAGGAGCCCGAGUGGUUCAGGUAUGCCCCUUCGUAUUUACGAUCCGCAUGGAAGCGACUAGGGCGCACAUACACAAACGGUGCAAAGAGAGAAGGCGAGUCCUCUGCAUCGUCAACGCAUGGUACAAAUAGCAGGAAAGAAAAGACGCAGCAGGAGAUGAGCGCUAGCGACUCUACUACGGUUGGUUCAACAACGCUGGGAAACGGGUCGUCGAGCCACAGCUCGGAACCACCGCAGUCGUCGACCACAUCGUAGACCGGCUUUUCAACUCUAAUGUCUGACGGGCCUUUAGCAAUUAGUUGCACAUCAAUUGUACAGUUUGUCCUCUUCGCCAUUCAAUGUCGUAUUACAUAAUCUGCUGUCUA